AUGUCUCCUGCUCCAGGCGCAACCGCACACAUCGACGAUGAGGCAGAACACGACACCAGCACCGACAGCCCGGUGCUCCGGCAGACCCGCACCAACAGCAGCAACCAGCUCGCGCUGCCCUUGCACAUUCCCAAGAACAGGAGCACCGGCAACCUCACCGUCGCCUCGCCCGAUGUUCCAGACCACAAGGCCCGCUUACGAUUCUCCUUUGACGCCGGCGCCUCUGCUGCGGAGUACGAUGCCGCCACUCGGUUGGUGCCCUUGCCCGUUGCUGCCUCCCCGUAUGAGAUUGAUGUGUUUGCCUUGGCUGCCAUGACGGCACCACUCGACACGUAUGACGCGGCCGACACGUCCGUCAAGACGCUGGACGAGUGGAAGGAUGCCGUCGGUGCAUGCACAGACUCGUGCCUCUGCAUCGUCCCUCCCUUUGUGCAGGACCGUGUCUGCCGGGACGACGUAGGCUUUGACCUGGACCUAGAGCCCGAGUCAGAGUCGGAGCCGGAGUUUGAUUCUGCGUAUUUGGAUUCGUAUUGUUGCAUCAACAGCGUUGCUGACCCGGCGUCCGAACACAGCUCCCCCAUUAUGACAGACCACGACCACGGCCUCGGCCUCUCGGGCCUGCGCCGCAUCCGCCAGCACGCGCCACCCGUACGCGCCCCGACACUCCCCGCCGACCCCUCCAACCCGUCGUCACGCAGCACCUCCUUCGGCCUCCCUCGCUCCGCCUCCAUGACCGCCAUGCUGCAACAUGCCAACUCCUUUUCGUCCGCGUCCGACGCCGUCGCGCCCGCCUUCAGCGAAGACUUGAGCCGGUUUCCGUCCGAGUCCCUGCACUCCUUCUCCUUCGCCUCCCACCAAUCCAACGACAUGCUGCACAGCCACCAGUCCGUCUUCAAACGCUCCAUCGAGUUCAUGAAGGACCGCAUGGGCUAUGCCGCCGGCUCGUCCAAUGCGGGCCUGGCGAGCGCCCAGGCCCGCGCCACGGGCGACGUCGAGACACAAACCAUGCUCGACCUACUGGCGCGCGCCCAGCUCGUCGGCGCCAACAACCUCUCCAGCACCGACCAGGCCUUUCCCACCGGGCCCCUGACCGGCCCACCCGACAUGUCUGGCGAAAACGUCUUUGAGGCCAACUUUAUCCCAAGGACCGCCAGCCCCGAACUGAUGGCCGAGCCGCCAUCCGUCGCAGUCUCCGAAGCCGCCAGUUCACCACUGGCCAUGGCCAAGGCGGUGCCCGCGACCCAACCGCGAGACAGCUCCAUGCACCAGCUCCGCGACGAGCGCCCGUCGCUGUCAAUCUCGUCCGUCUCCCAGGACGACAGCAACAACAACCGCACGGAAGCCGCUACUGGCCCACCAGACUCGGCCGAGUCGUCAAGAACGCCGACCAACGAGAGCGGCACCACACAAAAGACAUCGCCGCCUACCUCGCGUCGACCUAGCCUCCUCCUGCGGCGAACUCUUACCGAUCUGACGCCCGUCGCCGUGCAGCAGCGGCUCCUCGACACCCUCGCCACACCCUACGUCGCGCCACCAAUAGCCGGCACGGGCGGCGUCAGCCCUCGAUCGCUGUCCCUCUCCGCCGACGCACAGUCCGACACCACAACCGCACCGCCUCUGUCCGCUACCGCACAGUCAUUUGCAUCGCCCAUGAGUGCCACCGCCAAUUUCGGCGAACGUGCACACGGCCACCCCACACGCUGGGUGCCCGCGGCACAGGCCAUCUUCACCACCGAGGCCAAGCCGCCAUACACCAUCAUUGCCGCCAACGACCUGGCCUGUCUCGUCUUUGGCGUGACCAAGGCUGAAGUCCGCAAGAUGGGCAUUCUCGAGGUCGUCCAGCAAGAACGUCGCGCCUGGCUGGAGAAGAAGCUCCAGCACGUCGAAGGUGCCGACGACGACAACGGCGGCGGCGGCGAGAACACCGCCACGGCCCACACCACCCAACGCUCCUCCUCCAUCGGCGACAUUGCCCAGCCCGUGCCCAAGAAGGCGGCUGUCAACACAUCCAGCCUGCUGGGUGCGCGUGGCGGUGGCAUCACGGCGAAGCUCCUGAGCAAGCCCAACUCGCGCUCACAGACACCCCAGAAUGGCAACGGCGCCAGACACGUCACGUCACCACAGCAGAUGGCACGCCGUGCCAGCACCAUCAACACGCGGUCGCCAAAGGCAGGAAGCGUGAGCGGCCACCACAACAACAACCAGUCGCGUGGCGUGCUUCUGUGCGGCGACGUCGUGCCCAUCCAGAAGCGCAAUGGAGCGACGGGCUCGGCCAGUUUGUGGGUGAAGGAGAAGCGCGUGGGCCUGAUCUGGGUUCUGGAAGAGAUCCACGAAGACGUUGCCACCGUGGCCGUUGACGAGGACGGAUUCGUCUCGUCCAUCUCCGGCGCCACCGGACCCAUCUGGGGCGACGACGACCUGCCGGCCGGCACAGACAUUAGCAAGCUGAUCCCGCGGAUUGCCCGCCAAGGCAUCGACGGUGUCACCGGCUCGGUCGACUUUGCCGAGCUCACGCGCCGCAAGUUUUAUACGUGCCGCAACGGCAACCGCGUCUGCAUCCCCACCACCGUCGAGCAGAUCCGCGGCCAGGCCGCCUUGCGCGUCUCCAGCUUCCCACACAUUGCCGGCAUCGUUGUCGUGUCGACACAGACCCUCACCAUCAAGAGCUCCAACUCGGUCUUUUGUGGCGCCCUCUUUGGCUACGAGAAGCCCAAUGGCCUCUCCAUCAACCAGCUCGUGCCCGAGUUUGACAAGAUCCUCCAGAUCCUCGUCGAGGUCGACAACGUCCACAUGGUCGAUGGCAUCGUGGUUCCCGAGCACAGCUUCCGGCGCGCCGCGGCCUUUUUGGCCCUGCGCGAGGGCCGCCCGGAUGCCGCCAGUGCGUUUUUGCGCCCCGAUGGCCUUCCUGGUCGCCACCGUGACGGCUCCGAAUUCAAGAUCGAUGUGCAGAUGCGCGUGGUGAAGAGCGAGACGCAGUCCAAGAUCCACGAGGAGACGGUCAUCGAAGCCGACGAGGAGGACGAGGCCGCAUCCACGUCGUCUGUGUUGAGCGACAGCGUUUCGCCCCCGCCCAGCGCCCCCAAGUCGGAGAUGGUGUAUGCGCUCUGGAUCACCUACUCGCGGCACUUGCAUGCGGCCUCGACGCGCAACAGCCUGGGCGGCAUUGCCUCCCCGCUCCUGUCGGGCGCGGCAACGCCCCUGCACCAGCCGUCUCCGGGCCAGACACCCGUCCACUCGCCCUUUGAGGCGCCGGAGAUUCCGUCCGACGACCAGCUGGACCUGCGUGCCGAGAAAACAACCAUUGCGCAGUCCCUGACCCGGCAGCUCAAGGAGGCUGCGCUGAGCACGGCAAGCCGGAUCUCGAGCAGCCUGUCCCGGCCCGCUUCCGUGGCCCCGUCGCCCGCGCCCGCCGCUCCGCCAACCACGGCCGAUGCGCACCUGCGGUCCGCAUCACCGGCUUCGCUGCCCCCUGUGACCUCUGCCAAAACAGCCGCGGCCACGCCCUCGCUUGUUACGCCCGCCGUGACAAUCACAACUGCCACGCCCAGCUCCACGACACCCGACCUUGCCGUACUGGCCAAGGCCGGGCCCACACAGCCACCGGCGUCUCCAGGAAAAGCGAAUGUCACGGUGACGACAACGGCGGUGGCGCCGUCGCCGUCGCCGAACAGCACGAAUACGGUCGUCCCGCAAAAGCCCGACAACGUGCCAGCCACGGUCUCCAAGGUGACGGCGGCCGUCGGGUCGCACAAGAAGACGAUUGAUGAUUUCGUCAUCCUCGAGGACAUGGGCCAGGGCGCGUACGGCCAGGUCAAGCUGGCCAAGGAAAAGGCGACGGGCCGCCGCGUCGUCAUCAAGUACGUGACCAAGAAGCGGAUUCUGGUCGACACGUGGACGCGCGACCGCCGCCUGGGCACGGUGCCCCUGGAGAUUCACGUCCUGGACUACCUGCGGCGCGACGGUCUGCGGCACCCCAAUAUUGUCGAGAUGGAGGACUUUUUCGAGGACGACGUCAACUACUACAUUGAGAUGAAGCCGCACGGCAUGCCGGGCAUGGACCUGUUUGACUACAUUGAGCUGCGCACCACCAUGGACGAGGCCGAGUGCCGCAGCAUCUUUGUGCAGGUGGCGCAGGCGAUCCACCACCUGCACACCAAGGCCAUGGUGGUGCACCGCGACAUCAAGGACGAGAAUGUCAUUUUGGACGGCGAGGGCAACAUCAAGCUCAUUGACUUUGGCAGUGCCGCCUACAUCAAGAGCGGGCCCUUUGACGUCUUUGUCGGAACCAUCGACUACGCUGCGCCCGAGGUCCUGGCCGGCGACCGGUACGGCGGCAAGGAACAAGACGUGUGGGCUCUCGGCAUCCUGCUGUACACCAUCAUCUACAAGGAGAAUCCCUUCUACAGCAUCGACGAGAUCAUGGACCGCGAUUUGCGCAUCCCCUACACGAUCAGCGACGACAGCAUCGACCUGAUCCGCAAGAUGCUCAACCGCAACGUGAGCCAGCGCAUCACCAUUGACGAGGUGCUUGAGCAUCCCUGGUGCCAGGCCCAGAUGCAGGCCUAG